GAGUAGACAGUAGCGUUUCCGCGCUCCUCACAUGAACGCGCAAACUCUCUCCCGUGUAUCGAUGAAGCUGGUUGAAACAUGGCGGACUUCCUGCCGACCCGAUCCGUGCUAUACCAAUACUUCCCUGCUUGCCUGCUUACCAACACCGAGGUUGAACAGCUGAGGAAAUCUAAGGCGAUUGACAAAAGUAUUUCCCGGGACAAAACCUACGUGAAACGACUAGUGAAGAUACUUCUACUGGGCGCGGGCGAGAGCGGCAAAUCCACUUUCCUCAAACAGAUGAGGAUUAUCCACGGGCAGGACUUCGACCAGCAAGCUCGAGAAGAGUUCCGGGCAAUAAUUUACAGCAAUGUUAUCAAAGGUGUGCGUGUGUUGGUGGAUGCACGGGAGAAGCUUCAGAUCCCCUGGGGUUCCCCUGACAACCAGGUGCACGGAGACAAUGUGAUGUCAUUUGACACACGAUCUUCGAUGAUGGUGCACGGCCAGGUGGAGACGAGCGUGUUCCUCAAGUACCUGCCCUCUAUCCAGGCCCUGUGGGCUGACGUUGCCAUACAACAAGCCUACGACAGACGCAGGGAGUUCCAGCUGGGUGAGUCGGUUAAGUAUUUCUUGGACAAUGUGGAGAAGCUGGGGGAGCCGAGCUACAUCCCUUCCCAGCAUGACGUCCUGCUAGCCCGUAAGCCCACUAAGGGCAUUCAUGAGUAUGACUUUGAGAUCAAGAGUAUUCCCUUCAAGAUGGUGGAUGUGGGAGGACAGCGCUCGGAAAGACGGCGGUGGUUUGAGUGUUUUGACUCUGUCACCUCCAUACUGUUCCUAGUGUCUUCUUCAGAGUAUGACCAGGUCUUGAUGGAGGACAGGCAGACCAACCGGCUGAGAGAGUCGUUGAACAUCUUUGAGACGAUUGUCAACAACCGAGUCUUCAUCUCAGUCUCCAUCAUCCUCUUCCUCAACAAGACUGACCUGCUGGAGGAGAAGGUCUUGAAUGUUUCGCUAAGUAAAUACUUCCCAGAGUACAUGGGGCCGGACCACAGCCUGCCGGACGUCCAGAAGUUCCUAGUGGACUGUUUCCGGGAGAAGAGAAGAGACUUGACACAGAAGCCUCUCUACCACCACUUCACCACAGCCAUCAACACAGAGAACAUCCGCCUGGUGUUCCGAGAUGUCAAGGAUACUAUCCUCCAUGACAACCUCAAACAGCUGAUGCUCCAGUGAACUAUGACCUCCAGAGAGGACCUGAGCAAAACCAGCCUCCGAGAGGACCCCAGAGAGGACUUAUUCUCCUGCCUGAAAGAGGACCUGAUUGAGGACCUCUCACCUUUUUAAAAGAGGACCUGCAAUAAACCAGCCUUUAAGAGGACCUGGUUGAGGACACCCAUGCCUUGGGGAGGACCUUGACGUUCCACUUCUGUUUAGAUGUUUUUAUUUGGUUUUUACUGCCCUGUGGUGAGUGGAUGGUCUAAAGACUGCUCUGAAGUCAGUUUGGCUAGGGACAUGAUUGAAUGCUGGAUAAUAAGCUCUGUCCCUGGGCCAGUUUGAUGUCUACCCUGAAGCAUACCGUGCUGUCAUAGCCCUUCUCCUGGUCCACUGGUCUGUGUGACUAACUGAUGGAGAAACCAUAACGCCUUCAUACAACAUCUUAAUAACCCUUAAUCACUGUGUGUGUGUGUGUGUGUGUGUGUGUGUGUGUGUGUGUGUGUGUGUGUGUGUGUGUGUGUGUGCGCGCGCGCGCACGCGCAUGUGUUAAUCUGUACUGAGCUAUCUGUGUAUACCUGUCUAGCCUUAGGUAUUUGCGUAAACUAUCAUUUAAUCAAUCAUGUUCUUGAUCACCUACAUUCCAAUGUGUGUGUGUAUACAGUUAAAUGUCUGCCUUCCUAUUCCCUGGUAGUUAUCUUGUAACUCUGCUGUAAGAACACACACACUUGCAGCAGGCAGGCGUGCCGGUUAGCUAAUAUUGUUAUCUCAGGGUUGUAUGGAGACCAUUGUAUAAAUGUCAUUAUUGUGUCUGUAGUCUUGUCUAGACCCCUCAAAUUCAAAUCUGGACCAUCGUUGCUUUUUUUCAAUUUUCCCCCUCUAGUCAGGGACUGGUUUAGACCUGGGACAUCAGGUGGGUGCAAUUAAUGAUCAGGUAGAACAGAACCAGCAGUACUCCAUACCUCGUAGGGUAAUAUUUGAAUACCCCUUGUCUAUAUUGGAUACUCCAGGUUAAAGCUUUAGAUUCUUAGUUAAAUGUCUUCUGUGAGAACCUGGAAGAAACGGGCUGCAACGGCGAGGUACUAUCUGAACUUGCCCAAUAAGGAACGCCUGUUCUUUUUUUCAUUGCACAAUGUUUUGAAACGUUUUGCUACAGUGUGCUCUAAUGAAUACAACCCAGAAGAGCAGAGGGGUGUGUCUCAGACCCUGGGCUGCAUUCAUUUGUUAUAUAUAUAUAUAUAUAUAUAUAUAUAUA